GCUCAAACGACAAACCCACUCUCUAUCUCCGUUUUCGCCUUCGUAAGAAAAUCAAUGGAGGAAAAUCCUAGUAGAACCGAAGCAGAACGGUUGCUUGGAAUCGCCGAGAAGCUACUACGAUCGCGAGACCUCAACGGCUCACGCGAGUUCGCAGUAUUAGCCCAAGAAACCGAACCCCUUUUAGAAGGCUCGGAUCAGAUCUUAGCCAUCUCCGAUGUGCUCACCGCCGCAGAAAAGCGCGUCAACAACCACCAUGACUGGUAUUCCAUCUUGCAACUCGACGGGCGGGCUGCUGAUAACGAACUCAUGAGGAAGCAGUACCGCAGGCUCGCCUUGCUCCUCCAUCCGGACAAGAACAAAUUCGCCUACGCCGAUCAGGCUUUCAAAUUUGUUUCAGAUGCGUGGGCAGUCCUGUCGGAUUCAUCAAAGAAGAUGCUGUACGAUAGUGAAAUGUCUCUGUUUUCGAAGAUUGAUUUGUCUAAUAAAUUGCCAGUCCGGAGAAGCCAGAUCCAACGCCCAACCAGUGCUAGAAAGACAAGCGCUGAAUCCGCGAGGAAUAAGCAAACCGCUAGCGAAAAAAACGACGAGGAUCAGCGGCUGAGAUCAUCGACUUUCUGGACAACGUGUCCGUAUUGUUACAAUCUGUACGAGUACCCUAGGGUUUACGAGGGGUGUUGUUUGAGGUGCCAGAAUUGUGAGAGGGCUUUUCAUGCGGCGUUUAUUUCAUCCUUGCCGCCGUUUGUUCCUGGGCAGGAGGCAUACUAUUGCUGCUGGGCCUUCUUCCCACUCGGCUAUACUUUGGGGACUGCGGAGAAUGGAGGGGAGACUACAGCUAAAGCAGCAGCCGGAUUUCCCAAUUGGAUGCCACCAAUGUUUGCAGGUGAACAAAACGGCGGUAAUAAAAAUGGUGGUGGCGGCGAGACAGGGUCUAUUGCGGUAGAUGGAAGGGAAGCCGUGAUGGAAGCUAAUCAAAGCAAUGCCUCUAGAAAAAGGGGAAGGCCCCGCAAGAAUGUGGGUUAAACUAUUGGUACUGUUGUGGUAGAGGGAGCGUUGGAGAGAGCCUCUAUCUUCUUUGCUGUAGAUGAAGGAGGCCGGAGCUGCCUGAACUUGGGUAAAUUAUAGAAUGCCCAUGUCAUCGACAUGUCCCAGGGACAGACGACAACAAUGUGCGGAGGACAAACAAGAUGUACACAGAUAGACUGUUUUCAGGAAAUCAACCCCCUUCUUGAAUAAGCUCAAAAUUUGAACUAUGGAA